AUGGAAGAAUACUGCAGUCCCGAAGAUGCAACAAGCAUCGCCACUCCUUUUCGCAUGUUAUACAGAGAUGUCUGCCCCUUAACCAAAAACAAGCUGUUUGAAUCCACGUAUGGUUUGCAAAGCAGCUGCGCUCAGAAAUGUUUGCAAGAUCCAUUCUGUGCUGGGUACAACUUCAAUAAAAAGAAGGUGAAGCCAAACUGCCAGUUAACACACACGCUCGACCACCAUUUUGGUGAUUGCAACAUAAAUGACAAGGGCUGGAUAUUUUAUCAUCCUCUAGCCCCGAGGAAGGUCCCGUGCAAUAAAAUGAAGCGAUGCAAACAUGGCGGUAAAACAAUUAUUGAUCUUCGAAAUGGACCUGGAUCUAAUCCAUACAGAUGCAAAUGCCCAAAAGGAGUCAAAGGAGAUCUUUGUGAAACCACAGGUGAAACUUUAACGUUAGAGUAUAUAUAUUUGCUUCAUUCUUGUUUAGUCGCCCUAGCUCAAUCAGUGAUAUUGUUUGAAGAACCAACUUUACAAGCAACGUUAUCAGCGUGGAUCCAAACAACCGGAAACUGGACAAUCUGUUGGCGUGCAACUAGAGAUGGAUGGUCAGCCUCUACUUUCCAUGGAAAUUGUGAUCACAAGAAGCCAACUGUGACCAUUAUUAAAACUGGUCAAUAUAUCUUUGGAGGCUACGCUACAGAAUCAUGGGAAGGUAAACCAGACGAAUCUAAACAUUUUGGUGUUUUAUGCGCAAUUAAUAUACCGCAAAAUAAACAUGACGAAAUCUUCGGCAAAAUAUAUAUAUUUUACGCUAUUACAGGAAGAGAAUGGAAACAAGCCCCAGGGUCUUUCAUUUUCUCAUUACGAAACAAAGAAAAUCUCCAGCCUUUUAUAGCUCAACUGAAGGACCAAAACACAGAUCACGCAAUUUACGCAGCCUCACAUUAUGGACCAACAUUUGGACGUGGUCAUGAUAUCUUCAUAUCAAACAACGCUGCUUCGAAUGUCGCCUCCAACACACAAUUUAAUAACUUGAACUAUCAAACUCCACCUGGCGUCAGCAACCCGCAGACCAUCCUGGCAGGAACCAGCUACUUCACCCCAUCCGAAAUUGAAGUAUUCUAUAUUUUGCAGAACUGAUCUAAAUAUUUGAACAAAACUAGCUGGCCAUCGCACAUGUUACGUCCGGAAUUGAAGUUAAUAUCAAUUUAGUUUAAUUUGAAUAACGCAUGCAUAUUAGUGAGAGGAGGGGUGACUGAAAAAAUAGGUGCACAUGAUGAAGAUAUUUCACAAAGUAGAACACUCAGUCUGAUUAUAUGCAUGAGCCCCGUCUAAACUACACUUAUUUCACUGGCAUACGACACGGCUAAAAUUGGUACACGUUCCCAAUUUUAUUCGUCUCAGACUCUAUAAUCUAUAAUAGUGUCGAAAUAUCUAAUUAACUACGCACCAGCAAGUAAGAAAUCUUACGCUCACAAGCAUUCGACUACAUUGAAAACAAAUGGAUUGAGGCAUUUUUUACUACACUGGCGGUCUAAAAGAACUGCUCGAAUGUUGCUAUUAUUGUAUGUUACAGGAAUCGUGACAAUCUAUCUUUUAUUGUACACUAGCGGUCAAAAAGAACUGUUUAGAUACAAAUUCAUAAAAAAGAAGC